CCACCACCGGGCCGCUCCCCGCAUGCCGCCGGCCGCGGGGAUGACGCCCCCGCACCCGCUCUUCCACUCCUCCUCCGCCACCCUGCGCCCACCGCCCCUUAGGCCCCGCGGUCCAAACUUCCGGUAGCUGUUUCGUGAAGGCCCCUGCCUGCAGCUCGGUGCGCUAGCGUUUUGGGAAAUGCACGGGUUGCCUGGUUGCCCCAUAACCAGCCUCUUGUAUGGGUAGGUCAGCCUGGCAUGAAGGAAGCAGAAGAGACUUUCAGCUCGAGUCCUCUUGCGGCCCUUAACGCUUCUUGAAGUUGUAUGCAUGCCUUCGACUCGGGGGUGGUUGCUGGGCUCGCACUGGGAGCAAUAUUCAUUCUGCUGCUUCCUUUACAAUUUUUCUCCUGGACUCCAAUAAAUGUGGUAGAGGUGGAACAUCUUGUGAUGAGCAAGUGGCUGUCUUGUCUUAUUGAUGGGUCUUGGAUCUUCCCAGCAUUCUCUGCAUCUGUGAAAUAAAACCAACCAAGAGUGAGAACACCUUUGAUUAAGGGGGAUAUACAUGACAUUCUAAUUAGAUCAUGGCAACCAUAGAAGAAAUUGCACAUCAAAUUAUUGAGCAACAGAUGGCUGAGAUUGUUACAGAUCAGCAGAGUGAACAGAAAAUCCAGAUUGUGACAGCACUUGAUCACCAUACCCAAGGCAAGUUCAUUCUGACCAAUCACGAUGGCUCUGCUCCUGGCAAGGUCAUUUUGGCCAGACAAGAUUCAACUCCAGGAAAAGUUUUCCUCACCACUCCAGAUGCAGCAGGGGUCAACCAGUUAUUUUUUACAGCUCCUGAUCUGUCUGUACCACACUUCCAGCUCUUGACAGAUAAUUCUCCGGACCAGGGAUCAAAUAAGGUUUUUGAUCUUUGUGUAGUAUGUGGAGACAAGGCAUCAGGGCGUCAUUAUGGAGCAAUAACUUGUGAAGGCUGCAAAGGGUUUUUUAAAAGAAGCAUCCGAAAAAAUUUAGUGUAUUCCUGUCGAGGAUCAAAAGACUGCAUUAUCAACAAGCACCAUCGAAACCGCUGCCAGUACUGCAGGCUGCAGCGCUGCAUCGCCUUUGGGAUGAAGCAGGACUCUGUUCAGUGUGAAAGGAAACCUAUUGAAGUGUCACGAGAAAAGUCUUCCAAUUGUGCAGCCUCAACAGAAAAGAUCUACAUCCGGAAAGACCUUAGAAGCCCAUUGGCUGCAACUCCAACAUUUGUAACAGACAGUGAAACUGCAAGGUCAGCAGGACUGUUGGAUUCAGGAAUGUUUGUGAACAUUCAUCCAUCUGGAAUAAAAACAGAGUCAGCUGUACUAAUGACACCAGAUAAGGCCGACUCAUGUCAGGGAGAUUUAAGCACACUGGCCAGUGUGGUCACGUCCUUGGCAAAUCUUGGAAAAGCUAAAGAUCUUUCUCACACUAGUAAUGAAGUGCCUGUGAUGGGAAGUUUAAACAAUGGUGAUACAUCUUUUUCUGAAUUUCAUCAAGAUAUUCAGACCAAUGGUGAUGUUUCAAGGGCAUUUGAUACUCUUGCCAAAGCCUUGAAUCCUGGAGAAAGCACGGCCUGUCAGAGCUCAGUGGAGGGCAUGGAAGGAAGCUCACACCUUAUUGCUGGAGACUCAGACAUAAACUACAUCGAAAAAGAGGGGCCGCUUCUCAGCGAGUCACAUGUAGCUUUCCGGCUCACCAUGCCUUCUCCUAUGCCUGAGUACCUGAACGUGCACUACAUUGGGGAGUCGGCCUCCAGACUGCUGUUCUUAUCAAUGCACUGGGCAUUUUCGAUUCCUUCUUUCCAGGCACUAGGGCCAGAAAACAGCAUCUCAUUAGUAAAAGCUUAUUGGAAUGAACUGUUUACUCUUGGACUUGCCCAGUGCUGGCAAGUGAUGAAUGUAGCAACCAUAUUGGCAACGUUUGUCAAUUGUCUUCAUAGUAGCCUUCAACAAGAUAAAAUGUCACCAGAAAAGAGAAAAUUAUUGAUGGAACACAUCUUCAAACUACAAGAGUUUUGUAACAGCAUGGUUAAACUCUGCAUUGAUGGAUAUGAAUAUGCCUACCUGAAGGCAAUAGUACUGUUCAGUCCAGAUCAUCCAGGCCUAGAAAACAUGGAACAGAUUGAGAAGUUUCAGGAAAAGGCUUACGUGGAAUUCCAAGAUUAUAUAACCAGAACAUACCCAGAUGACACCUACAGGUUAUCUAGACUCCUCCUCAGAUUACCAGCAUUGAGAUUGAUGAAUGCUACCAUCACAGAAGAAUUGUUUUUCAAAGGUCUCAUUGGGAAUGUACGAAUUGACAGUGUCAUCCCACAUAUUUUAAAAAUGGAGCCUGCGGAUUACAACUCUCAAAUAAUUGGUCCACAGCCUUUGAAAGCUGACAUCUCAUUUCUGUAAACUAAACUUGCUGUUCCUUUUCGGGACACCAGAAGACACCAAAUUGGACUCACUGUUUCCAGGGCUUCUGGAAAUGGUCUUUAAAAAAUUACCAAAAGUCAAGGUGUUUUUCUUGUGUCUUCCUUAAGAAGAACAUUCUAGGUGGCUGGGCAGACAUUAGGAAUUAGAUUUCACUGUCUGUCUUAUGUAAAUGAGUAUGAAGUGCUAUGAAUUUAUUCUUGGUGAAGAUGACACUUAAAACUGUCUCCUCUUGACCAUCUCAACUAAGAUUUCUCAUUCUAUUUUGUAAAACAAAUAAAUUAGUCCUUUUUGUUUCCCCUGAA